AACUUAAAAUCCACUGUAGAGUAUUUCGAAAACCCUAGAGAGAGAGAGAGAGAGAGAGAGAGAGAGAAGGGUUUGAGAGAGAUGGGGAGGAGGAUACUGAAUGAUGCCUUGAGGAGUAUGGUGAAUGCAGAGAGGAGAGGGAAAUCUAUGGUGGAACUCAAGCCAAUCUCCACUGUUAUGUCUUCCUUUCUCCAAAUCAUGAAACACCACGGGUAUAUCAAGGACUUUCAAGUCUAUGAUCCGCAUAGAGUGGGGAGGAUAUCGGUUGAACUACAAGGUAGGAUUAAUGAUUGCAAGGCCCUUAUGCACAGAAAGGACCUUAAGGCAAGGGACAUUGAAGCCUACAGAUUGCAGACUCUUCCAACACAUCAGUGGGGUUAUGUUGUCAUUACAACUCCUGAUGGCAUUUUGGAUCAUGAAGAGGCCAUUAGGAAGAAUGUAGGUGGCCAGGUUCUUGGUUACUUUCACUAAAAUGAUCAUUACUGUGCUGUUUUGGCCAGAUGAUGUUCAAUGAGCACGUCUGCAGAUAGUGAAGCCAUCACCAAUUGAAACAGCAGAAAUUUCAACACAAGAAUCAUCUGCAAUUGCUUUGUUGAAAGCCAGUGCAGCCUGCCUGAAUUUUCUUUUGGGUGCUGGAACAUCCUCUUCCGGCCAGGCAACAGUUCCACCCCAGAGAGUGUUAUCAUAGAUGAUUAACCCACCAAUCUUUACCAGUUUAAGAAGCCGCUCGUGGUAAUUCCAAUAGUUAUCUUUAUCAGCAUCAACAAAGGCAAAAUCAAAACUUUCCUUAUUUGAAGGCUGCAACAAAACAAAAUACAGAUUCACUAGCCUGUAAUACACUUGAAAUAUCAAACAAAAAGUAACUAUAAAGUUGAACAAAUCUUAGUAUAGUAAGGGACUUAAAUCCUCUUACGUACUAACAUGAUAAUAUUAUGGUCUUAUUAUAGGUACUUUUUAUGUCUUUUUCUUGUAAUAUGACAUUGUUAUGUUAGUAACAUGAAUGUAACAAAGCAUCAUGCUCACA